AUGGAAGGAUUAAGUAUAGAGAUGAUAUUAUUAGUCAAUGGUUAUCCACCAAAAUUUGUACAACGACACAUGAAAAGUUUCUUUUUGAAAUAUGAUGCUAUGAAUGUAUGGACUGAAUUAAAUAGUGAAGCAUAUGAACAACUACAUCAUAAAUUACUUUACAAAGAAACAAGAAGAGAAAUUGAAACAAAAAUCCAAGGUAAAGAUAAUUUAAUUCAGAAAAAGAAAAAAUAUGAGCAUAAGGAUCAAAUUUAUCUUCAUUAUACAUUCGAAAAUGGACCAUUAUCAAAUUUCAAAAAAGAAUAUCGUCGAAUAUGGGAAAAAUACUAUCUUUAUCCCGGAUCACGUUUAAAAAAUACACGACUCAUUCUUGGUACAAUAUUAAAUCGUACUUUACAAAGUCUUCUGAUACGCAAAAAGCCUAAACGAGAUAUGCUGACGAAAAUGCAACCAACUACAGAAACAGCUCGUAGAAUAAUUAACGAAAGAUUUACUCAUUGA